AUGACACAGUCGCACUCGCUCAAGUAUGACCCCGACUUCUUGCAAGCCGCUGGCCCGGAGCUAGCGGCGCGUGUACGACGGCCACCGCCACAGCCGCACGAUGUAGAAACACAGCGAGUCAACUUUGAUACACUCAUUCGUGGUUUUGGAAAGCAUGCCCCCAAACAGCCGGUGACGACAACUAAGCACCAGAUCAAGACGCGCGACGGCGCAACCAUUGCGGUCUGGCAAGUGUCGCCCGAGCAGCCACAAGAGAAUGGCCCAGCUGUGUUGCAUAUCCAUGGCGGUGGCAUGAUCUCGGGCUCUGCAGAUGCAUUUGUCGCUUCUGGACUGCUCGCUUCGACCGCUGCAGCAAGCGGCGUCUCGAUGUUCAGCGUCGACUAUCGCAUUGCGCCAGAGCACCAGCUGGACGGACUGGUCAACGACUGCUACGAUGCGUUGCAAUGGCUUUCGUCCAACGCUGCCUCGCUCGGGAUCAACAGCAAGAGAAUCGGUGUGUUCGGCGAAUCUGCUGGAGGAGGCAUCGCCGCAGGAGUAGCUUUGCAAGCUCGUGACAAGGCUCUGUCUCCACCACUGCGCAAGCAGAUCCUCAUCUACCCCAUGCUCGACGACCGAAAUCUCGUGGCAGAUGAGCGUCUAGUUCCGACUGCACUAUGGGGCUAUGUCAACAACUUGACCGGGUGGUCGGCGUUGUUGGGCAAAGGUGUGCCAGGAACCGACAAAGUCAGCGAGUUGGUCAAGUACGCGGUUCCAGCUCGAGUGCAGGACCUUUCUGGUUUGCCCGACACCUACAUUGACGUUGGACAGCUGGACAUCUUUCUCGAGGAGGACCUGGAAUACGCUCGAAGGCUGCACAAGGCCGGCGUUCAAGUCGACUUGAACGUGUACAAGGGUAUGCCACAUGCCUGGGAGCUUGUCGGUGGCCAGAACACCGAGAAAGGUAAAAGGAUCUUGGACGAGAGGAUCCAUGCUCUGCAGAGCAUCUAG